AUGCCAUCACCUACUCAUCCCCCACAAAAUUUAGCCGCCGCGCUUCCCUUCGAAGUCUUAGAGAUGAUCAUAAAUGAUCAUUUGUGUGAAAAUGAAUACACCGUCAUCCGAGUUCCUCGACGGAAGGCCCUUAUGAACACAGCUCUUGUAAAUAAAAAUUGGUUUAAUCUGAGCAUGCGAAUUUUGUGGAGUACUAUUUUCGAAAACGGCUUUACCUUGUCGACCCUGGAAAUUCUAUUAAGAUGCUUACCGGCAGAGACUAGGCGAGACCUGGGAAUUUACGAAUUACUUCCUACAGGACCUUUGCUGACAUCCUAUGGCAUAUACGUAAAAUCCAUAUUACUGGAAAUGCUGUUCUGUUUCGUCGAUAGAUGGCUCGGAGAAAACCUGCCUGACAGCAACACGCCAAAGAAAAAGAGAGCAAUCGUGCGCGCUCUACUUGAAUUUUUUAACACGCAUAACAAUAGCGGCUUGAAUAAGUUGGAGAUAGCCGGGCUUCACAUUAACCGAUUAUGGGCGAGAAAUUACGAAGUAAUAUUUGAUUCCAGUAAUUGGAUUGAAAAUCUGCAGGUAUUUGUGAUUAGAGCUGCAUUCGAUAGUACCAGUUUUAUAAACCGACUAGCUGAUGUUUGCACAAAAAUUACCACACUAGAGAUUGACUAUUUCAACUUCGACGGAGCUCCCGAAACAGACGAGAUAAAGGCAGCCUUGAGACUAAUAACUGCUCAAAAAAAAUUGCGUUCUCUUACCUGGAGUAGCGUCGUGAGCGUUGACCCUACAAAACUUCUUAACGCAUUAUCCAGUAUCUCUCGUACUCUAGAACACAUUGAAAUUGAACAUACGGAUUUCAGUAAUGUCCUGUCAUUAUGUCCUCUUGCCCAAUGUUCAAACUUGGAGACAAUGGUGUUCAAAGAAUGCAAGAAUAUCAGUGAGCAGGCUGUGCAAACGUUAGAAGCGCAACAAAAAUUAACAAAAUUAAAAGAAGUUAAGUUAAUUCGUUGUAGCCAUUUCGAAGCUCUGCAAUCAUUUGCGAGUCGGAGAAACGUCCUGCAACAAGGCAUGACUUUUGAUUUGCCACUUUACUAA